GGGCCGUCAGCAGCAGCAGCAGCAGCAGAAGCAGCAAACGUCGACGGACGGGUGUGCGCGCGUGUUUAUUUGUACAUCAGUAGCAGUGCUCGGCGGGCGGCUGCCACAGAACGCGGUGUUUCCGAUAAUAUCGGCCGACUGGAAUAGUUCCCUUGUCGCAUUCGAAUCUCUGCCGUUUCCGGAUGGCCCGAGCGCGAUCGCAUGCGAUCUAAUCGUAUUACUGUGUUAUAUACUGCUAUAAUUGACGGAUCGAAAAACUUCCGUUUUCAAUUUAAUUUAACUUAAUUUCGGGCGGCGUUAUCCAUCACGUAUAAUAUAAUUUAAUAUCGUAGAAGUUUAUGAAAUAUUUUCUCCGCCGUCGGUUUGUACAACCAGACUACAGUGACCAGUGUCGUAGAUUUUCGUGUUCGUCGCGUGGAUCGAAAUAAUAAUUAUAAAAAAAAAAAAAACAAAAAAAAAAAAAAAAAUUGAGAUUCAUUUAAAACACGUUUAUAUUUGCAAUUUCUUCGCGUGUACAUAUAUACCUACAACAUCGUAAUUGUAGGCAAAGGGUGCUUGGAGAGUGUACAAUCCGAAAGGAUUAAAAUCUCCAUCAAACAAUGACUCAAUGGUUUGCUCGCUGGAUGAAACAAUGAGUACAUUUAUGGAAACCUGUAAUGAUACAGAAAUGAACUCAACAUUUAAUUUCAGUUUGGAAGAAGUUUAUUCUAUUAUGUUGGAGCAUAGACGCAAUUCCCGUAAUUUGGAUAAAAGUACUGAGACUCUGCUGAUAAUUGUGUACUUGGGCUUGAUGAUCGUCGGGCUGACGGCCAACUUGACGGUGAUUUACGUGGUGGCCAGACGCGCUCAGAUGCACACUUCCCGGAACCUAUACAUAGUGAACUUGGCCGUUUCCGACAUGACCCUGUGCUUGGUGUGCAUGCCGUUCACGCUCACGUCGAUAUUGCGACACCAGUGGAGCAUGGGCACCAUCCUGUGCAAGCUGGUGCCACUGUUGCAGGGCACCAACAUCAUGGUGUCGGUGGGCACGAUCACGGUGAUCGCCAUAGAUCGAUACUGGGUGAUCGUCCGCGGAUCCGCGCAAAACGAACGGCGCACGGUGUACGUGUCCAUAGCUAUCGUGUGGCUGAUGGCCGUCUUGACCACGUCGCCAGUAGCUUAUUACCAGGUGGUCGAACCGCUAAAAUUUCAACACGUAGUCAUAUACGAAUCUUGUCGGGAAAAAUGGCCUUCGACCGAUAUUAAAGUGGCGUAUAAUAUAGCAGUAGUGCUCAUUCAAGCAGUACUUCCCGCCACUGUUCUCUUGGUGGUUCAUAUUCGUAUUGCAGCAUAUUUACAUGCACACACUGCUUCUCAAAAAGAUUCGAGGCGUGCACAGCGAGAACUUCAAAGAAACAAACGGACCACUCUACUUCUAAUAGGAGUGGCGAUCGUUUUUACUGUGAGUUGGCUUCCGCUAGCCGUCUUCUCGUUGGCCGCCGACCUGAUGACCAAGCCGAUAACAACCAAACAGCUAUACGUGACUCUGGCGGUUUGUCAUCUGACCGCCAUGACUUCAGCCAUCUCAAACCCGAUCAUCUACGGCUGGAUGAAUUCCAAUAUCCGCAACGAGCUGUUUCAACUGUUCUACACAAAAAUCCUGAGACGGCGACCGGGAAACCGAUCCAUGGCAACAGCCACGACAACCAUGAGGAACAGAACCCGACCUUUGAUCACGUACAAUACUUCAAAUUACAUGCCUGGAAGUCAGGAGACGUUUUCGAGAGGAGUCACUGUGCUUUAGACAGGGACCACGGAUGACCACGGCCAUUCCGCCGAAGGGGCAAUGUUUCCAGAAUUUAUUUUCAUUUCUUUUUUUUCGAACGUCAUCCCAAUCCUCUCUAUCGCGUUAUUGAGACUCGAUAAAAAUUUCCAACUCGAAAAGUUACAUCAUUUUACCAUUACGGUCUUAUAAUAUAAUAUAAACAUUAUAAACCGGUGUGUUCCAUUGUGAUCCAUUGCCGUAGAUAUCUACUCGAGCUUUUGUGGAGUGGCUCUGAAUUUGUUUUCAAGAUAUUGACAUUUUUUUAAUGAUGCCAAUUAUUCGACGACUUAGGUUCACCUGCGGUUACGGUAUUCAUUGUUAUAAUUAAAAUUAAAAUACAGCAUUUUAUAAUACUUUUUUUAAUUAUCAUUAAAUAUCAAUCAAAAAAAAAAAAAUUGUUUUUAUUUGUGGAUUUAUGACCAUACUUUAUAUCUUAAAGAGGUAAAUGACCCAUAAAGUUUAAGACCUACUAUCCAUUGAUAUAGACUAUACAAUAAAGAUAUCAUGAUUUAUAAUUAAAUUUACUCAUACAGUAUUGGUACAUACAAAAAUGUAACAGUAAUAACAUACACAUGUAAUAGUAACCAUACUAUGUAAUAACAUUAAAAUAACUAUUUAUAAUUUACUAGACCUAAAGUUAUUACAUAGUUGUCAAUUAGAUAUAGUGUCAAUUCUUACUGUCACACUUCGUAAAUAAUUAAAUACUUUUGUACUGCCAUGGCCCAUAACUUAGUUGAUUGAUUGGUGUUUACUUUUUUGUUUUUUCGUUCAAUUUUCAACAUAAUAAUGUCAUUUAACGCUUCUAUUGUAAAAUCAUAAUUAAUUCAAUUGUAUGAUAUAUUAUAAAAAAAAAUAAUUACAAUUCUUUAAUUAUAUUAUAUAUAUUAUAUUUA